AUGCCCUACAGAUGCGAGCAUUGUGACAGAUGCUUCUAUCGGAGAAAUAAAUUAAAGGAUCACAUUGAAAGAGUGCAUUUAAAACGACGCCCCCACACGUGCGAGCGCUGUGGCAAAUCGUUUUCCGAGAAGUGCGCUUUACAGAGGCACAUCGGCUCUGUACAUUUGGAGCAGAAAGCACACCCUUGCGAAUACUGUGAGAAAUCAUUUUCCGUAAUUUGGGACUUUCGGACAGACGUAGAAGCUGUUCACUUGAAGAAAAAGCCCCACAGAUGCGAGCAUUGCGAUGGAUGCUUUUCUCAGAGGAGUGUGCUAAGCAGACACAUUGAAUCAGUGCAUUUAAAACGACGUCCCCAUACCUGCGAGCGCUGUGGCAAAUCCUUUUCCGAGAAGAAUGCUUUGCGGAAGCACAUCCGCUAUGUACAUUUGAAGCAGAGAGAUCACACAUGCGAAUACUGUGAAAAAUCAUUUUUCGAAUUGUAUCAACUUCGGACCCACGUAGAAGCUGUUCACUUGAAGAAAAAGCCCCACAGAUGCGAGCAUUGUGACAGAUGCUUUUCUCAGAGGAAUGUGUUAAGAAGGCACAUUGAAUCAGCGCAUUUAAAGGGAUCUACAGACGAAAAGAAGAGUUGUUCAUUCACAUACUCAAGCCUGGAACCCGUUGUUUAACUCUGUAUUUGUCCCACAUCAUAACUUACAUUUCCCCUUUUGAUACAUAGGUAGAUUUUUGGCCGUAUUUUGUGAUAAACCCUUUUGCGAUAAAAUGGCUGAUCUUUUGUUCCGUGGAAGGUUUCAACUACUACCGUAUGGUUUUAGUUGUGAAAACUGAAUCUAUUUGCAACUCCCACUACACACAAGCCGAUGUGUAAUUCUGACUUGAUAUACCUUACCUACGUUUUAUCCAAAUUGUCUCUGCCUGCAUGAGCACAACGCAUCAGAUGCUUUUGGUCGAUUUAGGCAGAAUGAUGGGGCCACCUUUCACUCCAUGCCUGACACCAGUGCACUUUCUUAGGACCAGCGACGUCAUACACCAUUCCCUCGGACGCAAUCGGGUACCCGACCGCCUACCGUCAUUGAUGUGUUGAAUUCACUUUAUUCAGGAGAUUUCGAUUGUUAAUUAUUCCGCCACUCUGGGCUUGGUCUCAUUCUUGUUUGAUUUC